UUUUGGUCGCAUCACGGUCAAUAAAAUAAAUGUAGUGAAAAACUUGCAAACCGUGAAAAUCAAUUUACAGUAACAACUUUAAGGGUAUCUGAGAAAGCAUAAUAGCAAUCUUAAUUUGUAAUAUAACUUAUUAAACAUGCUGGAGGGAUGGUAUUGUCGCUCUCUGGCCAACCAGAAGACCCCGACUGACAAUAACACGGAACGAGAGCAGCUAGAAAGUGACGAUGAAUUACAAUCCAAGCCAUCUGGCACAGUUUCUGGAGCAGCACCAGCUGCCUCUAGCUCAGCAUCCACAGGCACAGCAAAUGUCAACGUGGACUACAAGGAGCGUUACAGGAAUUUAAAGCGCAAACUGAAAUUCCUUAUCUAUGAAAACGAGUACUUUCAGGAUUUGCUGCAUACAAACCAACGACGCUUACUAAAGGUUUCCCGCGAUCGAUCGUUCCUAAUUGAUCGUCUCUUGUUAUAUGAGAAACCAGCCAAAGACUCCAGUGACAGCGAUGCCACUGAUAGCUCCAACUCGGACGCGGAACCCGCGACUUCGUCGGGGGUCCAAGUACACAACACACUCGAUUCUUCAAAGGAGGCUGCUGCACAGCGGAAGAAGCACAAGGAUCCAAAGUUGGCUCUACCUGGAACACAUCCUGCUGCCGUGGGCGGGGCAACACGUGGACGUAAGCGUAAAGUUAUGUCCGGUGGAAUUAUUCAACAUCAGUCGGCGGGCAAGAAGCAGCUGAUGACAACGGCUACGGCAACGGUAUCGCCCUCAUUGCUGCAACAACAACAACAACUACAGCAUCUGAGUGCUAGGGAUGCAACUAGUUCCCUAAGCACCGCGGAAAUAACACGUCAAUUACAGGAACGUCGUCCCACCCCCAUAGAGCUAAUGAGUCCGGAGUGUGCCUCCGCCACAGUUCCCGCUACGAUGCUCAGCGAUGAGAGUCCGUCCAAACUUUAUCCAAACGAGAGCUUGCAACAUUUAAUGGAGGAUGAUUCGCCUUGUCAUGUGGCAGCCGAGGAAUGCGUUCCCAUGGUGUACACCAAUUGAUGUACUAUAACUAAUUAACUUACAUUAUAUGAAAUUAAAUUAAA